AUGACGUCACGCUAUGGCUUCCCUGCACCGCCGCUAGUAGAGGUUCCAUCCCGUUCCGUGCUGUAGUUUCUUCCCUUCUCCCCCCGGUUCGCAGUACCACCUCUCCUCCCCGGCCUGGCCUGGCUCGGCCUGUCCCGUCCAGUACAGCCCAGGCAGGUGGGCAUAGGGAGAGCUCCAGCAGCCUCUCUUGGCAGGGCACAGCAGGAGGACCUCUGCUUGGCAAGAGGUCUUGUGAGACUAUCGGGUACUGAUGGAUGUUUCUGACAGUCCUGAGCGAAACCCCUGCUCUCCUGAUGAAGAGGACCAGCAGCAUUCCAAUGAUGAAGUUCUGAAGGAGAGUUAUUCAGAUCGGGAACUUGAUGGAGAGGGUGGACAAGGCAGAAUUAUGGGAGAGGAGGAGGAUGCAUCCAGAGGACUGAGUCAUGGUGAAGAGGAGAACCACUCAGAUGAAGAGGACCUCUUAAGUGAAACUAAGUCUCAGGAAUCUGACAACAAGCAGAGUGGGGAGCUGAAGAGCCCUCUGCCUUGCAAAGGAGAGGAGGAAGACCAGACAAAUUACCUUGGUGAUGAAGCAUCCUCUGUCACCCGUGAACUAGAUGAGCAUGAGCUGGACUAUGACGAGGAAGUUCCUGAGGAACCAAGUGCUGCUGCUGUAGAGGAGGAUGGUGAGAAAGCUGCUGGUGAGGAUGACAAGGAAGAGGAGAAAGGAGAUUAUGCCUAUGAAGAUGAGAAAAAAUCCAGCAGCAAAAGUGAUGAUGAAAAGGAUGGCCAGGAUCCCCUCAAGGAGAAGAAGAAAGAUGAUGAUGGAGAAAUUGAUGAUGGAGAAAUUGAUGAUGAUGACUUAGAAGAAGGAGAAGUUAAAGACCCCAGCGACAGAAAAGUGAGGCCACGUCCCACCUGCCGAUUCUUCAUGAAAGGUCACUGUACUUGGGGCAUGAACUGUCGAUUUAUUCACCCUGGUGUGAAUGACAAAGGAAACUACUCCUUGAUCUCCAAGCCUGAGCCCUUCUCCCCAAAUGGCGCUCCUCCCAUUGGCCCUCACCCACUGAUGCCAGCCAACCCUUGGGGAGGGCCAGUUGUUGAUGAAAUCUUACCUCCACCCCCUCUAGAACCUCCAACAGAAAGUGCCUGGGAGAGAGGACUCCGACAUGCUAAAGAGGUAUUAAAAAAGGCGACUAUGAGAAAAGAACAGGAGCCUGACUUUGAGGAGAAGAGGUUCACUGUGACUAUUGGAGAAGACGAGCGUGAAUUUGACAAAGAAAACGAGUUCUUCCAUGACUGGAAUUACUGCAUCACCAGAGACGUCAGAGAUCCAGCGCUUGAUCCCUAUACAGAUUCCUAUUAUGACUAUGAAAUAGAACGGUUCCGGCGUGGUGGGCAGUAUGAGAAUUUCAGGGUUCAGUAUACAGACCCAGAUCCAUAUCGUAACUACAGAGAAAGAGAGCGGGAACGGGAGAGAGAGAACAGACAACGAGAAAGGGACCGGGAGAGGGAACGGGAGCGGCGUCAGCGGGAGCGAGAACGGGAAAGGGAACGGGAGCGCGACAAGGAACGCCAGCGGCGGAAAGAAGAGUGGGAACGGGAACGAGAACGGGUAAAGAGAGAUGAAAAAAGCAGGCAUCACAGGGACCGGGACAGGGACCGGGAAAAGGAGAAAGAAAAAACAAAGCCCCGGUCCUUACUGAUACCAAGCCGUCAACCUGAGACACCAAAGAAGGAGAAGGAGAAGGAGGCAACCACACUUACCACCAUUCAGUCCAAGAGAGCAGAUGAAUGGAAGGACCCCUGGCGCCGAUCCAAGUCUCCCAAAAAGAAGCUUGGUGUGUCUGUCUCUCCCAGCCAUGUGCACAGGUGCCGAAAAACCUCUGCUUCUUCAGCAUCUGCUUCUGGCUCUUCAAGGUCCUCUUCUCAUUCAUCCACCUAUUCUGGUUCAGGUUCCUCGCGAUCUCAUUCCAGAUCAUCUUCUUACAGCUCUUACUCUAGUCGCUCUUCAAGACACAGCUCUUUCUCAGGCAGCAGGUCCAGAUCACAGUCCUUCUCAUCUUCACCCUCUCCUUCUCCAACACCAUCUCCACACAAGCCACUUGCGAAGUCUAAAGGGGUGUUAUUACCACCUGCUGGGAAGGGUGAAAAAUCUGUGAAGAAACUAGCUGCCCUCCCAGUUCCUCAGCCACUCACUAAAAUUACAACAGCUGCACCUGAGCCAGCCAAACCCGGGGAUAAUCCAGAGGCAAGAAGGAAGGAACGUCAGACAAGGACUCCACCCAGGAGGCAGACCAUCAGCAGCAGCAUCAGUGGCAGUGCCAGCAGCUACAGUGGUUCCAGUUCCCGAUCUAGGUCCUUGUCUCAGUCUCUCUCCAGAUCUCAUUCCAGAUCAUCAUCUGCCUCAGUCUCCCACUCUCCAUCUGGAUCCAGGAAGUCCAGGUCCCUGAGCAUGAGCAGCGUUUCUUCUGUCUCUAGUGCCUCCUCCAGCAGCAGCUCUGUAAGCAGCGCUGACUCUGAAGAUAUGUAUGCGGAUUUGGCCAGUCCUGUUUCCUCAGCCAGCUCCCGAUCCCCAACCCCAGCACAGCAGAAGAAAGGUAGAGGAAAGUCAAAAAAAGAAGAUAGCACUAAAGAGGAGAAGCAGAAAUGGGAUGUGCCCGCUCAGCUCCUGAAAUCAGCCAAGCCCACCCAAGGGAGCAAAUCACAACAGCUCCUCCAGACCCAGCAGCCAUCAGCCCCCCAGUCUCAGCAGGGAAGCUUCAGCACUCACAAAGAGAUCAAACUGACUCUUUUGAAUAAGGCAGCUGACAAAGGAAGCAGGAAAAGAUAUGAGCCAGCAGACAAAACCAGGCCAACCUCUCCUCCAGCCAAGCGGGUGGACCUGUCAUCUGACAGAGUAGGCUCUCGUGACAGGAAGGCAACCGGGAGACUCUCUUCACCCAAGGAAGAACGACAAAGGGGCCAGAACCCAAAACCUUCUCCUGUGCAGACAGACAGGAAGUGCCAGCUCUCACCUCAGUCCAAGAGCUCCAGCAAAGUCACAAGUAUACCAGGCAAAGCAUCAGAACCAGGCCUCAUGGGUGCCAAGGCAGGCAAAUCCAGCACCCUGUCCCGACGAGAGGAGCUCCUGAAGCAGCUCAAGGCGGUGGAAGAUGCCAUCGCUCGCAAGCGGGCCAAAAUCCCAGGGAAAGUAUAGUGAGAAGUGCCCCUGAGUGACUGUUCAUUUUUUUUUAUAAAGAGUGUCAAAGCAGCCACGUUGGGAUUUUGCAGUUCUGUCUUGUUUUGGCUGCAAUUCUUUAAAAAAAAAAACAACCCAAAAAACCAACCAAACCCACGCAAAAAACCCACAAGCACAAAAACCAGAUUGAAGUUUGUCAGCUGAGACACCUGCAAUGCCUCACUCCAUGAGAUGUUCCAUGUAAAUUAUGCACAGAGGACUUCAGCCCCCUCCCCCUUUCUCUCUGCCCUCUCUCCUCUUUGCUAGCCUUGAAUUGUAUUCUCCUAGUUAGUCCUGCUUUGUUGAGUGUCUUCAGCAAUGCAGUUCUAUGCACUCUGUAACGAGAGAGCCAAAAACUGCUGUGAACUGCUGGCAACAUCACCUUCUCCCCCUGCCCUCCCCCCCAGGAACAAAUAUAUAUAUAUAUAUAUAUAUUCUUUACUAAAGUCUCAUUGGGAAAAUGGCCAAUCUUAUUUUUGGCCUAUGCUUAGUUUAAGCAGCAGAAUGUCUUAGUUGAUUCAAGAGGAGCCCUGAGGAUGCUGUGGGCAUGUCUGUCUAACAAGGGAGGGUCCUUUUCCUCUUGGUUCCCCCCCCCUUUUUUUUU